AUGGCAGCAGUUAACGAGGUUCAGCUUACCGCCGCCGUGAACUUGGGCGCCCUUCUAGAUGCGGGGGAAGGCGCCGUGGUGAUAUUAGUGGCGGGCGAGACACGGCUGGCUGCCCACAGGACAGUGCUGGCUGCCAGGAGCCCCGUGUUCCAGGCAAUGUUCCAGCAUGACACGCUGGAGGCCAGCAGCGGCCACGUCACAAUCACAGACGUGGAGGGGCCGGUGCUGAGGGAGCUGCUGGCCUACAUGUACACCCUUCAGGCCCCCGAGCUGCCUGGCAUGGCCCCGCUCUUGCUCGCAGCCGCUGAUAAGUACGGCUUGUCUGCCCUAAAGGCUGUCUGUGAGCAGCAGGUGGUCGCACAGCUCUGUGUCGAGAACGCUGCGGCCUCGGCCGUGCUCGCAGUGAGGCAUUCGUGCCCAAAACUCACAGCGGCCGCCGUCGCCUUCAUAAAGGCCAACCUCCACGUGAUGGGCACGAAGGGAUGGGCAGACAUGAUGCGGAACCAUCUCGAACAUGUCAUCGAAGUUAGUCGGAUGCUUUCUGAUCCGCCACCAUCAACCAGCGCGCCAGCCACCACCAGAAAGGGGCAGAGCGACCGCGGCCGGACCCCGGCGGCGGCUGCGCCCACCACGGCUCCCGGCCAAACUCCACCGCCUGACGAGGCCACCGUCUCUCGCUUGCGAACCCUUCCGGCAGAAGAGAGAAGCAGAAGACUUAUCCAGGCAGCUAAGUGGGGGGAAGUGGAGGAGCUACGGGCGCUGCUGGCGGCAGGUGCGAACGUGGCGGCGAAGGACCUGGAGGGCCGGACCCCUCUGCACUGGGCGGCAGAAAGAGGACACGUCGAGAUGUUGAGGAGUCUGGUUGAGGGUGGGCCAGAUGUGGGCACCAGGACCGUAAGACAAAACGUACCUCGGGCCGACAUUUUUUUUCGCCCUCGACCUGUGAUGGGUUCUGAUGGACCCAACACCAGGGAUAGGUAUAUGAGGACGCCUCUGCACUGUGCAGCAGAGAACGGACGCACGGAGGCAGUGGCUUUUUUGCUUGAGGUCGGAGCCAACAAGGUGGCCACAGAUAACUAUGGGAGAACACCCCUGGACCUGGCCAGGCAGAACAGCCACCAGCAGCUGAUAGACAUUCUAUCACGGAGAUAG